AUGGACGCCGCAGAGAAACAGUCAGAGCUCAAGAUGCCGCUUGAGCAAGAGCUCGAUCGGAACUCUGGCGAGAUGAACGACAUCACUGAAGUUGAGAAAAAGGUUUUGUCGAAAUUUGACAAGUUUGUCAUGCCACAGAUGGCUCUGCUUGUUCUAUUCGCGUAUCUCGAUCGAACAAAUAUCGGCAACGCACGAGUCUUCGGCUUCGAAGAAGAUACAGGCAUGCACGGGACUCAAUUCAACGACGUAUCAAUGUAUUUCUACAUCUCAUACGUCGUCUUUGAAACACCAUGGGUCCUCGCCGUCAAGAAGUUCGGACCAGGUCGUGUCCUUGCUAUCGCCAUCAUAAGCUGGAGUUUCAUCACUUUGGGAACUGGCUUCGUUCACAGCUACGGUCAAGUCAUCGCCUGUAGAGUCCUCCUCGGUUUCUUCGAAGCUGGCCUCUUUCCCUCUCUCACCUUCGUUGUCUCUCAGAUCUACCCUCCUGCGUCGCAAGGAAAACGCGUUGCAGUUCUUUAUGUCUCGAUUGCACUUUCUGGAGCACUUGGUGGACUUAUUGCUUAUGGGAUUCAGUCUAUGGGUGCGCGACAUGGUUUGUCGGCUUGGAGAUGGCUUUUCAUCAUUGAGGGUGCGAUUUCGCUUGUCAUAGGAGCUGUUUGUUGGCUGAGUCUUCCUACCUCUCCGCAGACAGCUUGGUUCCUCUCAGAAGAAGAGAAGUCAACGAUGAUACUGAUAAAAGAGCGUAACCAUCCUUUCAAAGAAACAGAGGGAUUCUCGUGGAAGCAAGUCGUCAUGGCGCUCACCGAUCCUCUCGUCUGGCUUGCUUCCGUCUCACUAUUCUGCGCUUCCAUUGCACUAUUUGGCUUCGGCACAUUCCUUCCUACUCUUCUCAAGGGUCUUGACUACACUUCUCUACAAGCCAACUAUCUCAGCAUUCCCGUCUACGUUCUGGCCUCCAUCUUCACUGCUGCCACCACCUACGUCUCAGACCGCCUCAACCGCCGAGCCAUCUGCCUCAUCCACUCCCCACUACUAGUCAUCGUCGGAUAUGCCAUAGUCGUUGGUACCGGGCACAAAGCUGCUGGUUUCUUUGCCAUGUUCCUCGUCGGCGGUGGCGUCUACUCCUUCAACACUGUUUUGGUAACAUGGGUAUCGAACAAUAUGCAGCCCGACUACAAGCGCUCUGUCGCAAUCUCCAUGCUCAUCUCACUCGCAAACGCAUCUGGAAUGGCGGCGUCACAGAUCUAUCCUAUCGGGGAUGCUCCUCGUUACGUCAUGGGUAAUGCCAUCUCUCUUGGCGGAGAGGUCUUGGCACUUGUUUGUGUUGGACUUAUUUAUGCUCUUCUGAAGUACCGCAUGCGACAGAAGGAGAAGUUGAUCGCAGAGGGCAAGGAUAGCAAUGGAAGGGAGGGAGAUCAAAGCUUGGAGUUCAAGUAUGUCUUCUAA